AUGGCUUUCUCGGGCGUCUCAGGGUCGAUGGAAGAGGAUUUCUUCACCAAAACACCAAUCUUGAAAAACUGUUCGCCGGAACAGAAAUCAAAUUGCCGCACAUGCGAAGAAGCGUGUCACAGUCCCUUUAACAACAAUACCAAUACAGUCGAAACUCCCAUACAUGACCACCCAAAAUGUAAAGACUUGGUCACUUACAAGAGGUUGCUUUCAAGAACCCAAACCACAAGGAGCCUCUUCCGAGAAGAGGUCCAGGUACACAUACUUUAUGGAAGUUAUGCCAUGUGUGGUUCCAUGUUGUCAAUAAAGUCCUUUAUAUAUUCUAACCAGCAAAGUGCACACAGCAAACAUAGUGAUCCAAGAAUAUGUCAAGUGGUUGCUCACAAGAGGAUAAAAACACCAGGAAAAUUGUUAAACUUUCAGGCCCAAAAAGUGGCAGCGGUUGCUUACAGGAAGUGGUCAUUUACUAGAGAUUCCAAGUCUUUGACUGGGAAAGUUUUGGUGUUUUGGAUAGGUGGUCCUCAAAUCAUAAGCAAUAAUAAAGACUGUUUACAAUUUAUUCCUCAUGAAGAACUACAGAUUCAGUACAAGGACGAUGAGGAUAUUUUUGUCAACUUGCGACUUGGAGAUUCGUUUCAUGAUGCCUUCAGAUGUGCCCAACCAGUGUCAGGUACAACAUUUAGGACGCUAAAAAUCAAAAUGUACAUCCACCAAGUGACAUGAAUGUAAGAUAAUCGAAACCAGUGUCAUGCAGAAUUGAAUAAGUAGCUGUUAUUUAAUGUGGAGAAAUCUAGUUUGUUAAUGGCUACCAUUAACAUAAGGUGACAAAGGUUUCCAGAUGUCUUUUUUUCGGACAAAUGAUCCCCGGUUUCCCACAACGUUUCUAUAAGUUUGAAAUGAACUGACCCGUGACUUGGUACCAAUCAGCAACUUCCUUGAACUGCCCUUCAAAAUACUCACCUCUAGCUAAUAUGUGAUCAAAUCGAUUAUCACACAUCUUAUCCUCUACACUUUUACCACAGAUAGAUCUUCCUCAUUUGUUUAUAGCAAAGCCUGCCAUCGUCAUUUGAUUUUCAAUAAAGUUAAGGAAUGCAAUCACCUGCACUUACAUUUGAGGUGCCAG